AUGCUUGAUAUCUGUGAAAUAGUUCAUAAGGGUGGUACUGUGCUCUGGUCACGCACUUACACUCCAGAAGCUGCACACGACGCAGAAAGCGCGCACUCACCGACAAACACGCUCAUCAAAGAGGGAGUUAUUGAAGGACGUUUAACCAGCUCACCGCACGACAUAAACCAAUACAGAGUACACUGGGGAUUGGAGAACAAGACCGAUCUUAUCUUUGUGAUUGCAUACUCGAAGAUUAUUCAACUGGGAUGGGUGGAUGAGCUACUCGAGACAGCCAAAGCUCUAUUCGUCAGUCUAUUCAAACCCGUGAUUGAGCAUAUCAUUGCUGCUCUAAGCGGUGCUACUCCCGAUGACGCUGUUAAUCUCGACUUACCCGCCAUGUUCAAAGGCUGGGAUGAGGUAUUCGAUCAGCUGGUAAAUGAUAUCGAUAAAAAGAAGAAUAUUCGAGGAAAGUCUAGCAACGCUGGUGCGGCUACAAGAAACGCAACUUCAAAUCAGAACAAAUCAGCACCCACGCGUGACGAGCCUAAGGCCAUUGAUGCAGAGGAGAUUUCCAAAAAUGUCGAAGCAAUGAAAAACAGAAUCAAGUCUAAGAAGGCGCGUGGUGGAAAGAAGGUGGUGAAAGGUGAGACAAUCAAUGAUACACCAGUCGAUACAAAGAAGGGUAAAAAAGAAAUGCGUUCAUGGGGCGAUAAAAUAUCUUCAAAACAGAUGUCAGAAUUAGAUUAUAGUAGUGGUGGUGCGGAUGACGGGCUGGACGAUAAACAUGUCCAAACACUCGUCUCAGAUUCCUCCAAGGGUAGCCAUGAUGGUGAGGUGUACACGUUGGCAGAAUAUGCAAAUGAGAAAGGCAGUGAUGAAGAUGACGAUUUGUUAGAUAUUGAAAUACCAGCACUCUCAGACACACCACAGAAAGGUACAUCUUGGGGAAUAUUCUCAUCACUCCCCUCUCUCAAUGUGUUAAAAGGGAAGAAACUCGACAAAAAUACACUACAGCCAGUACUCAGCUCCAUGUCGAGCUUACUGAUGAAGAAAAAUGUAGCAUCAAGCGUUUCUGAACAGAUAUGCGAUUCAGUCGAGCAACAGUUGGUCGGACGCACAAUAUCAUCAUUCAGUAGUAUAAAAGGGGCAGUAAAGUCAGCGCUGACUACAUCAAUUACACGCGUACUCACACCCAAGACAUCCACCGAUAUACUCUACGAAAUAUCACAAAAGAAGAAGACGACGACUUCAAAUGGGAAAACGACACCUUACAGUGUAGUAUUUUGUGGUGUGAAUGGAGUUGGGAAGUCAACAAAUCUCUCCAAAGUUACGUAUUGGUUAUUAGAAAACAGGUACAAGGUGUUGAUAGCGGCAUGUGAUACAUUCCGUAGCGGGGCAGUUGAGCAACUACGUACGCACGUGUCUAAUCUUAACAAGCUGAAACUGGGUAGUGGGGUAACUGCUCAAGUAGAGCUUUAUGAGCGUGGCUAUGGAAAAGAUGCGAGUGGAAUUGCACGUGAUGCUUUGGGAUAUGGUGCGCAAAAUGGAUUCGAUGUGGUAUUGAUAGAUACUGCGGGAAGAAUGCAAGAUAAUGAACCACUUAUGCGCGCACUGGCUAAACUCACCACCGUUAACGAGCCUGACAAGAUAAUUUUUGUAGGUGAGGCGUUGGUCGGGAAUGAGGCGACGGAUCAGCUUGUUAAAUUUGAUCGUGCUCUUAAAGAUCUCUCUAGCGGUGGUGGUAGUGGUGGUAGUGGCAGGGGAAUUGAUGGGAUGUUACUCACCAAGUUUGACACGAUCGAUGAUAAAGUUGGCGCGGCUUUGAGUAUGACAUAUAUAACAGGCCAACCGAUACUAUUUGUGGGAUGUGGACAAACAUAUACGGAUCUAAGACAAUUACGAGUGCAGCAUAUAGUAGAUUCACUAUUGAAGGCCUAG